AUGAACUUGUCGUGGCUUAGUCGUCGCAAAGAUGACUUAAGAAGAUUCAUUUGCCUGGACGAAAGUUGGGUCGAAUUUUUCACCCCCCUUCAAAGACAUCAAGCGCGCUCCUGGGUUGGACCAGGCACAUCAGCCGAGCCCAUACCACGCGCAGAGUUGCACGAGAGAAAGGUCUUGCUGAUAGUGGGCAUGGAUGUUCACCGCGUGGCGUUUUGGAAAACUUAUGAGGAAAAUAUCACGAUGACAGCCGAGCGCUAUAAGUCGUUUUUAGAGGAAUGUAUCCCAAAAUGGGCGAUACAUCGCAACAUCAGAGCACCAGUUCUACCGCAUGACAACGCCAGACCCCACAAAGCCUACGUAGUUCAGGAGUUAAUCGAAGACAGGAGUUGGAUUGAGUUGCCGCAUCCACCAUAUUCACCUGAUAUGAAUCCGUGCGAUUUCAACUGCUUUGGCCAUUUGAAGCGUCGGUUGUCUGGCCAUCGAUAUAGCAACAAACCAGAAUUGGAUUCCGCCAUUAACACCGCAAUUACUAGCCUUAAUGAAGAUGGAACAUUUAAUGGGGUCAAUGACCUCCCGUCAGUCUGGCAGCGUGUCAUUGAUAGCGGAGGGGACUACUAA